AUGGAUGGACUCCGGCUGCCACCACUCAUCGAGGAGGUCCUUGACUCAUCAGGUCAGUCUGUCUUUAGAUCAGCAAAAAUCCUAACAAGGUUUAAAUGCAUUUUUUUUUUUUUUUCGUUUUUUAAACUCAUGGUUUUAUUUGGUGCAGAUCAGUUUCUGUUUGGCUAUCAGGAUGCUGCAUGGAAGGCUUUUAAUCUGAAAGUCUACGCAGGAUGCUAAAAGUGGUAGUCCCUGUACUGUUAGAGCUUUCAUUUAAAAACAUACACAGAUGAAAUAACUUAGAGGAGCAGAAUCCAAACUCUGCAGAAAACAUUUAAAGCAGUUUCCGCUGUCAUCGUACCAACAGACCAGAAAAACCCUGAACUCAGAUGCUUUUACAAAUCUGCAUCCUGAUAGAUACCUUUAGUUUCUGUUGGAUGUCAUCAUGUCUCUUCUGUCUGCAACUGAAUUAGUGAUGGACACGGCAGUUCUUUUAGAUUUACUGAAUCACUAGAAUCACUUCACUAAAAAGAUUCUUUCAAAAGAUUCGUUCACCAAAUCACUUAAAGCUUGGCGGGAGAGGCCUGCGAUCCCGACCUCCUAAACUGAUUCACAGCUGAGCAUUUCAGGAUUCACUUCAAUUCAUAGUUUCUGGGACUGGGAGUCAAGAGUGUUUGGCUGUGUUGCUUUGGCAAAGGUCAUGAUGCUUUAAGUGUACUGUCCUAUGGUAUGCUAUUUAUCAGGUCUGCUCAGUAAAUUGGGCUCAGUAAGUGAUUCGUUCACUGAAUGUUUAGAAGAAUUCACACUGAACAUGCACCGUUCCCUCGCAAACCACUUUAAUGCAGUAUUUGUUACAUGCUGUGUCCAAUCGUAUGCAAGUUGUUGUGGUUGAUUCCAGAGAGAGUAGUUCAAUGCGUGAUUCGUUCAUCAAGUGAUUCAGGCGUCUGUGCAUAUGGUUCCUCAUGGUUUCUGGCAAUGCAGUUUCUCACUUCAGCUCAACUGAAGUGAGAAACGAACGAAUCACUUAAGGGAGUGAUUUGAUUCAGUAUGCUCAAUUAAAAGAUUCGGUUCUUUUUAACGAAUCGUUUGCGAAUGACACAACACUAAACUUACUGAAGGUGUACAGACAUGGCAGAACAGGUGAAGGUUCUGUGGGUGAGGAUGCAUUACCAGCAUUUCCCACACCUAUACAAUACAAUACAAGAGUGGGCUGACAAAAAAGAUCAACAUUUAACAUUUCAGUUAUGAAGAGUCUCUGUCUUUUAUUUUCAUUUUUCAAUAGUAAAAGUAAGAGUUACAUGAGUCUUCGUCCUCUGUUUCAUGUCUACCUCAUACUGUACAUCAAAAGCAAAGGCGGGGGGGGGGGGGGGAAUCAGCAAAGACCUCCAGUGUACAGACCAGAGCAGCAUCAGUAAGGAUCCUUGUUAAACUAGUAAGUUUAGACUCAGCAUAAAAUAUGGAGCCUGUGUAACUGCAAAGACUGUGUGAUUAAAAAAAGGAUCCUGGGUGAAAGUACGGGGAAAAUCAGCAAAGAUACUGAUAAAGUCAGACCCAGCAUAAAAUAGAGAAGCUGUGUUGGAGGCUGGGAGAGCAUUAGUAAAGAAGUGUGUGUGUGUGUGUGUGUGUUCAGGUUUAAUUGGCAGAUGUUUGUGUUAGAUCUUUGUAUACUAAUCGGAUGUGAACCUGCCGGUGACUCACCUGUGUUUGUAAACAGAAGCUGAGGUGUGAUCAGCUGAUUUCACCUGUUUCAUCAGGUGUAAAUAAAUAAACAUCGUCCCCCUCAUUAUAUCAGACACUGAAACAUCUUCCCUUUGACACAUUCAGAGGAUCCAGUUCGUUGAAAUAUUUAUAAAGUAUAAGUGAUUUAACACCUGCAGGUAGAAACAAAGAACCAACAUCCCCUGGUGCAGCUCCAUGUCACCUUGGUAACAAGUGAGUCAUCAGACCAGGUCAGGCGUGAUUGGACAGGAGGAGCAUGGACAGAUAAUCAGAGAAACAACAGAGAUUAUUUUAAAUAAGUUUAAAAGUUCAAUAUUUACCACUUUCUGUUAAGAUUUAAAAUCUCCUUUAGAGUUAUUCUGUGACUUUAAAAAAGUUGAAAAAAUAACAAAAAGAAAAACUCUGAAUCAGAGGAGCUGGUUAAAUCUGACGACUGAAUAAUCGAUUAAAAGAGGGUUUAAAUGUUUGAUACUGGUGGAGGUGUUUCUAAAGAAAUAUUAGCUGCUCCUGGUGGAGCCAGAAGACAAAGCAGAUGGAGACGGAGCUGCUAUGUGCAGCUUAAACCAGCAGAUGGAGGCAGAGUCACUGUGUGGAGGUAGAACCAGCAGAGCUUCUUGUUCUCAGAGUUUAUAGAGUUUGAGGAUAAAGAGUCCAAGUUUGUGUUUCCUGUGUCUUUGGGUUUUUUUAUCUUUAUUAGUCCAUGGUGUUACACUGUGCUUCACUGUGUAAUGAGCCCUCAGGGCCACCAUAGAUCACCGAUGAGAGUUUGUGAUUAAAAAAAAUAGAAUUUACUGAGGUGUUUUUAUCUUUAAUGACUUUAACAAUUAAAGUUCAACUUUUAACAGGCUGAUGUUUCCUCCCUCUUCUCUAACCCUGACCCCCUCCCCUACAGACGAGCUUUGUGAGCUGAAGGAGGAGAUCAAACCUGUCAUGUUGGGAGAAACUCUAACUGCCAAAGAGAGAGAGUCUUUGGAGGAGAAAGAGGACACAGUUGGAGAUGGAGAGGAGAAAGAGGUGAAGGAGGAGAAGGAGGAGGUGGAGCCAGGAGGUGAAGGAGAGAGGGAUGAAGAGGAGGUGGAGGAGCUAAGGGCUCAGGUGAUUCAGCUGCUCCUGGAGGUGGAAGAAACAAGAGAGGUUUCUCAGAAACAUGAGGAGAGCUUCCUGGAGCUGCAGGGUGAGGGGCUUUUAUUUUGAAAAGUUCGAUACUUGACAGAGGUAUUUUAUAAGUCUACUGUAGUACACAUUGGGGGAAAAUACUAUUGUAUUCACAUCUGCAUCUUCAGUCUGCAGGGUUAUAUCACUUAAACUGCCAGAGAGGUUUUACAGAAUAAAAACAUGUUUAAUGACCAUAAUAAGAGUCUUCGCAUUAACUUAAUUAAAUUUUUGAUUUUAAAUCAUGGUCGUUUUUUAUAAAUAAUGAAUGUCCUUCACUCUGAUCUCAGGUCUGUUGGAGGACGAGCGUUUGGCGAGCGCUCAUCAAGCUGAGAGUUUCACGCGACAGAUCCAGAGACUGCAAGGUGCGUACAGAUUUAUAAGACUUUAUUUAUAAUUAGUUAAUGGCAUUAUGACACUUAAUAAUAAUAAUCAGUUCAUUACAUUAUAAGACUAUUUACAAUCAGUGUAUUAUAUUAUGAGUCUUUAUGACCAGUUUUUAAUUUUAGACUUAAUUUAUAAUCAGUUUAUUAAAUAAUAAGACUGUUUGUAAUUACUACCUUCCUUUAUGAAUUUUAUUUGACUUUUAUAUUUAUGCUACUUCGAUCAUAUAUUUUUUUUAAAAAUUUAACUUUAUUCUUUUCUUUUUCUUUUUUUUUGUUUACCUUCUUACAACUCUUAACUUGUUGUCCCUCCUGUUCCCCUCCAGCCCAGCUGAGGGCGCUGCAGGAGGAGAUGGACAGUCUAGAGGAGGAAAAGGAGAGCGAGCUGGAGGAGGCGCAGGAGGAGCUGCGAGCCGCUCAGGAAGAGGUGCUGAUGCUGCAGCAGGCGGCCGAGGAGGCGGCGGCUGAGCGGGAGAACGACAUCGCCUCCCUACAGGAGGAGCUGUGCAGGCUGAGGGCGGAGCUACAGCGUCUCCAUGGUAGCACACAGGAGUACGAGCUGGAAAUGACCUCGCUGAGAGCCGAGAUCAACAUGAAGAGCCAGAACACACACACACAGGGUGAGACACACACACAUAGUGCUGUUCCGCCCUGCUGGCUCUGACGCAGCAGAUCAUCCCUCUUUUUAUAACAGGAGAGAAGGAUGGACUGCUCCUCUUGCUUAUCUCUGUAUAACAUGACUCUGUGCUUCUUGUUCAGGCGAUGUGAGUCAGCUGAAGGAGGAGAUCCUCUCUCUGAAAGACGAGCAACAAUCUCUGAGCAAAAAAAACAAGGAGCUGAUCAGCAAAGUGGAGCAACUGCAGCAGCAACAUGACACGUGAGUGGACCAGCCAGCUGUCAAUCAACCUGCUCUGUCACUGACUGUGUUUUACUUACUGUUCGGAAAUACAGACUCAUUUCAAUCAGUGAGGAACAGAAACUUGUUUUCAAUGAUCAUCAUUUUUGAUUUUAUGAAAUCUUUUGUAGAGGAAAAACUAAAAAGAAAAAAGGAAAAAACAGUCAAGCAGGAAUCAUAACCGAUAUCACAUUUUCCGUCUUGGGAAAGUGGUGGUAAAUUAAAGGGAUAUUCCGGCGUAAAAUUAGGUUAGGGUCAAACACACCGUAACACCGACUUAGACACCCCAUCGAGAGAUGAAUGUUGCCGACCGCUUGCUUCUCUAGUUAUACCAACUUUGGUAACGAACGCAGGAUAGCAAUACAAAGAACCACGCACUCAAUCAAAACGCCACUCUAUAGCCACAAUCAACAUACAUAUAGGGUCCUAGCCAUAGCGCUAGCCACCAUCUUUUAAGCCAAAUUUCUUUAGCAAAGAGACUAAACACAACUCACCCACUCUCUUCCAGCAGCCGCUUGUUUGUACGGAGACCUGCGGGUGAGUCCAUCGACUGCAGUGGGGGGCGCAGCUCAAGGAAGAACAUUUAUGAUCAUUACUUUAACAUUUCGUGUUACAGUGUGUUUGGCCCUAACUUAUUUUUACGCCGGAAUAUCCCUUUAAAAAUCAUUUUUAUUGAACUUCCUAUAAUAAGAAUACAAGUGCAUAACUGAACCUCUACACUCUGACUGCUGUGUCCAGGUGUGAGGAUGUGUACCUGGCAGUCAGAGGGGAGGGUGACACUAAGCCCAAGCUGGAUGAUCAGGUGAAGACAGACUCCUACAUCACCCUGUCUCAGUCCGGUCCUGAAGAUCCAGACUCGGUCCAGGAGGAGGAGGUGUGCAGCUCGGAGCUGAGCCUCCUGAAGGAGCAGCUGAAGGAGGCGGAGGAGACGGCUGAGAGAGUUCAGAGAGAGGUGACGCAGACUUGACAAACUGUAUGAAUUCCUGUUAUUCUGACCUUAUAAUAAAAGAGGUACUCAGCCUAAAGGCACAACAAAUUAUCAACACAACACAUCCUGACUCUGCGCCUGAAAUGAGCUCAUCUGAAAGUCAUUCAGAAAACAAGAAUUUAUAGACGCGCUCUGUAAACAUUUCUGUAUUUCCCUCUGUCAGUGUGACGGUUUGAAGAGCGAGCUGGUAGAGCUGCAGCAGCUGUACGACAGCAGCCAGAAGGAGCGAACAGCGCUCGAGCAGGAGCUGCAGCGCUGCAGAGCUGAGCUUCAGAAACUUCUGGGCAAGAAGUCACAGGUAAGAGGCCGAAGGUCGACUGCUCAGGUGCUGCGGUGCGAGGCCUGAUGCUUUCUUUCCUCAUGCUUGAAAAUCUACUUCAAGACUCGGUUGAAUUGGUGCCUUAGUGCAAUUCAUCAGAGACCAGAACCUGAACAAAAACAGCUCAGGGUCCAAACUGAGAGAAAAAAAAUCAGCAUUUCUUGGAGACUAAUGGGUUAAAGUGAAUGUUUAAAUAAAAAAAAAAUAAGGUAAGUACCAAGGAGAGUACAGGAGUCUCUUCUCCCAGGUCCAUGGUUUCUCUGUUCUGUGUGCAUGUGGAUCGACAGGGCUCCUUGGAAGUUCUGUGGAGCAUCAUCCGUCUUUUGCUUUCUGGUUUGCCGUUGCUGCAGCUCUGGUCAUGUCGCUGAUACUUGAGUGUUUUGUCGUGAGCUUCUUUUGAACGUCUGUCGCUUCUUGGCAGUUUGUCGUCAUCCAAGCAGUCAUCUGUCUCUUCUACGUCCGCUCAACCACCGCUUCCUCUGUGCCGCCUGUGGAAAGGGUUUAAUGCGGAGGUGUAUUUAGCUUCUGAAUGAAAAGACAGCACUGCAGUGGGAUAACAGGUGUGAACUCCUUGUUGGCUCAAAAUCCCCAAGAACAUGUAAAACAACAUUUCACUUUCAAACUCAGAUGUACUCCGUGUCUUCAGUGAUGACUCGUUGGCUUUGGUUUUUGAGGGCAUGACUUGAACAAAGUUUAGGACUUUCAGACGUCAGAAGUCCUGACUCAUACGGCUCUCCAUGGUGUCAUCCAUUUACACUCUUUUAUUCUGAAGGUGUAGUUUCCUCUCCACUUUCAUUGCUCUUUUUUCCUUCAAGUUGCUUGUAAAGGCAAAGAUCUCUGAAAGACAAGCUGAGGAUGUUUAAAAUUUGACUCUCACAAGCGCUCCCAAAGCUCGGUCUUGUCUUUCACCAUCUUUGACAUCGUCCUCUCACCGUUCUGCUCCGUUCUUUGCCUGCUGCUCAACCUUUCUUACCGUCUUUUCUUUCAUUUUCAUUUUGCCUGCUCAUUUAUUCGUCCACGCUUGCCUCCUCCUGACACGCUCUGACUUUCUUACUCUGAUUAUUUUAUGCUUUUAUUUUCUCUCACCUCAGCCUCCCUCUCUCCAUCUCCCCCACACUUCCUUUCCUUUGUCUUCUCCUCAGAACUGCACUCGUCCGUCUGAGUCCCCUGUUCUCUCCAUCCCCUUCAUAGGAAUGAUUGUAAUUGUGGCCUUGAUUUGGUGCUGGUGGGAGGAGCUGGCGUCCUAAAUGGGACCAGGUAUGGCCACGCCCUUCUUCACCUGUCAACCAGACGCUCUGCUUCUUUUAGCUUCAGAGAGUGGCUGAAUCAAGGGCUCAUGUACACCAAAACUAACACUUGGUAUCGCAGUUAUCUUAUUUCCUCCUCUAUUUCUUCUUCUUGUUGUCAAAAAUGUUGAGUGUUUAUGUCUUCGGUCACCUUUCAGGUUGUAACUUUUCAGCAAUUAGUUUGGCCUUUGGUCUAAACACAUAUCAAAUGUGUUUUUCCAGGUGAAAUAUUAAGUUAAUUUAGAGUUUAUGAUAUCACUGAAGUCAAAUUAAACUGUAAAAAGUCUUUGCAUUAACAUUAUUCCUUUUAUAAAUCAGAUACUAAGAGUAACUUGAAAAUGGGACCUCUCUUUGGUCUUUUUUGGUGAACUGAAGCACCAAACUGAGCAGGUUUGAUAGCAUGAAAACCUCAGCAAGAUGCAUAUGACACAAACUAAUCAGGAACCUUUCCCUAAGAUACUUCAGCCAGGACCAGUUUAGCCAAAGAGAACUAAUAUUUGCAUGCAAUGAGUUAUAUUUGGUGGUAUGGCUCUAUUCAGAUAAUACCCUACCCUACAAUGUCCACACGUGGGGGAGAGCGUACCCCCCCUCCGUUCAACAUGAAAAAGCAAAGGCAGGUAGAGCAGCAGCAAAGACCCCAAGCUCUAUUUUGAGCCCCCUGCUCCAUGUCCACAUGUGAAAAACCAAGGCCUGAGGUCACAACCCCCUUCUGUUUCAAAAAGGCGGGGAGAGAAGCAGCAAAAAAAAAAUUGGUACUGAACAGAGCAGCAUCGGUGACAAUCCACAUGACACCAGUAAAAUAAGACACAGCGUCAGUAGGAGAAGCUGAGAAGGAGGCAGGGAGAGUAUCGGCAAAGAUACUGGUGAAACCAGACAACAUAAAAAAGAGGAGCUGGGUGGAGGUGGGGAGAGCAUCAGCAAAGAAAUUAGUAAAAUCAGGCAAAGCAUGACAAGAAGAAGCUGGGAAUGGAAAUAGGGAAUCUGUAGUAAAAACACUGUUUAGAUCAGACAGCACAAAAGUGCAUGAAGAGGAGGAGCAGGAAGGGUAUCAGCAAAGUGGUUUACAGAGGAAGCAGGAAGAGUGGGCAGGCUGAAGAUGUUUAGAUAGAACCACCAUUUUCACAUUUAAUGAUUGAUGGUAGAAGGUAAUCAGCUGGGUGGUCGGCUGAUAUUGGCUGGAUUUGAGAUUAACUGAUGUACAGUGGGCGGAGCUCGACUUUGUUGCCUGCCUGGACUAACACCAUGCUAAAUUUGUAGUAAUGUUGUUGCCAAACAAAAAAGGAACAAAAACAGCUGAUAAAAACAUAGACUCUUGCAGGUUGUUCUGUCCAAACACUGAGCUGAAGUCAGAGUCAUUCAGUCAGAGGCUUUUUGGUCCUUACUGCUUCCUGUAGUGAAGGUUUCAGGAGUGACUGUGAAGUGUGUUUGUGUGUGUGUGUGUGAAACUCAGACAGUUUUAUAGCUCUCUUUGUUUCAAGUGGUGCACGUUGAUAUUUGUUUAGUUGUUUUCAGUCUUUGAGAUUUGACUCUUGACAAUGUUUAUCUGCCGACAUCACUUCCUCUCUCCUCAGCACAUCGAACCUGAAGGAUGGAACCUGGCGGUGGCGGCGGUUGCCGUGGCAGCCAUUAUAGUUCUGGUGGUUCCCAACUUCACCCGGGCCUGA